CUCGGUCGUUCCCACAGAGGCGCGCGCCGGUUCUGGAGUGGAACAUUCGCUCCCUGCUGCUGCUCCUCCUCCCUCUUCGCUAUUACGUCGCGCGGACGGAGCACCGCGAAGGAGGAAGCGGCGUCGGUCUCCCACCAAGGAGGAGGGGGCGCCAGCGUGACGAGAUGUUGGCGGAAGAAGUGCGGGGAGCUCCCGACGGUGGCUGAGGAGAGGCAGCGCAGGCCGGCCUCCCGCCUCUCUCUCUCAGCCCCCUCUGCUCCGUCCUUCUCCCUCUCCCGUAAGCUGCGGCUCAUGACCCCGAGCUCCUGGCGGGGCGGGCCAGGCGACCGCGAGCCCGGCUGAGGGAGGAACAGCGCGCUCAAGAGUCUCCGCACGUUGCCGCCAAAGUUUGCUGCUCGCGAAAAGACGCUGCUGCAGGUCUUGGAGGAGUAAAGUUUUCCCGUUUUUAAAUUAUUGCUGUUACUGCUAUUAUUUUUGGCUGCUCUGCUGAACGGGGAACGUGGACGCGGGAAGGCGCAGCGGGGAAACCUUUUGGCUGCGUUUCUUCUCCCAUACUCACCCAUUCAUCGCCUGUUGGGUAUUUUGGCUUUCUUCCAUUGCUUUUCCUGGAGGAUAUUGGAUUAAGAAUAACCCUUGCCUUUACCUUGUAAAUCUGUUUCCCCCUUUUCUUGGGGAUGUCGGAUUAAGUGCCCCCUUAUUUGGAAGCCCUUCUUUCCUUGGAGUGUUGGAUUACAAGCCCCCUUUAUUCGGAAGACCCGAUUCCUGAAGGCGUUUGGAUUAAAAAAUUCCGCGCUUGCACACUCAAACUCCUACUCGGGGUUUUUAGGGUCUAGUUUCUGUGUCUCCCUGCCGCUCCAAAUUUGGAACCCCCUUCUUUGGGGCACUUGGAUUAAGUGAGUCUUCCUCUCUUUUACUGGGGGCGUUCCGCUGGGAGCGCCCCCCGUCGCCAGCUCUACUUUUCUUCCCUGGGGUGGUUAUAUGCUUCAAGAGAGAGACGACGAGGAACCCCCCGCCGUCUGGCCCUCGCCCAGCCAUGUCGACUGCUAUCUCCCCCGCGGAAAAAGUGGAUGGCUUCACGCGGAGGUCGGUGCGCAAGGCGCAGAAACAGAAGCGAUCGCAGGGCUCCUCGCAGUUCCGGACGCAGGGCAGCCAAGUGGAGCUCUUCCCGCUGCCCCAGCUCAAAGAUGCUACUUCAAAUGAACAGCAAGACCUCUUCUGUCAGAAGUUACAGCAAUGUUGUGUACUGUUUGAUUUCAUGGACUCUGUAUCUGAUUUGAGGAGCAAAGAAAUUAAAAGAGCAACACUGAAUGAACUAGUGGAAUAUGUUUCGACAAAUCGUGGAGUGAUUAUUGAAUCAGCAUAUUCAGACAUAGUGAAAAUGAUUAGUUCUAAUAUCUUUAGAACACUUCCACCAAGUGAAAAUCCAGAUUUUGAUCCAGAAGAAGAUGAACCUACACUAGAAGCUUCAUGGCCCCAUAUACAGCUGGUAUAUGAAUUUUUACUACGUUUUUUAGAGAGUCCAGAUUUCCAGCCUAGCAUUGCAAAACGUUAUAUUGACCAGAAAUUUGUACAGCAGCUGUUGGAGCUUUUUGAUAGUGAAGAUCCACGAGAGCGUGAAUUCCUUAAAACAGUGCUUCAUCGAAUUUAUGGCAAGUUCCUUGGAUUACGAGCAUUCAUCAGAAAACAAAUCAACAAUAUUUUUCUCAGGUUUAUAUAUGAAACAGAACACUUCAAUGGUGUUGCUGAGCUACUUGAGAUACUAGGAAGUAUUAUCAAUGGUUUUGCAUUGCCGUUGAAAGCAGAACAUAAACAGUUCCUUAUGAAGGUUCUUAUUCCUAUGCAUACUGCAAAGGGAUUAGCUUUAUUUCAUGCACAGCUGGCCUACUGUGUUGUUCAAUUCUUGGAGAAAGAUAUGACCUUGACAGAACCGGUUAUCAGAGGAUUGCUCAAAUUUUGGCCAAAAACAUGCAGCCAGAAAGAGGUCAUGUUUUUAGGUGAAAUUGAAGAAAUCCUAGAUGUAAUAGAACCAACACAAUUCAAGAAAAUAGAAGAACCUCUCUUUAAACAGUUAGCCAAAUGUGUGUCAAGUUCACAUUUUCAGGUUGCAGAAAGGGCUUUAUACUACUGGAAUAAUGAAUACAUUCUUGGCCUGAUUGAGGAGAACAUUGAUAAAAUUCUGCCAAUUAUGUUUGGUAGUUUAUACAAGAUCUCCAAAGAACACUGGAAUCUGACAAUUAUAUCAUUAGUAUAUAAUGUGCUGAGAACACUGAUGGAGAUGAAUGGAAAACUAUUUGAUGAACUCACAAGCUCUUACAAAGCAGAAAAACAAAGAGAGAAGAAGAAAGAGCUUGAACGUGAAGAACUCUGGAAGAAGCUGGAAGAACUAAAGUUAACGAAAGAUCAGUCUCACCAGCUGAGCAAUGCGUCCUCCACGAUAAAUGCACCAAACGACGAAGUGCCAAAUGAAAGUGACAGCCUCUCUUUGUGAGAGACCUUUUAUACACAAGGUUUUUUAAAUAUGUAAAAAAAGCAAAAGAGAAACCUCAUCAGUAUAUUUGAAAUGGCCAACCUUUUUCCUCUGGCAAAGUGUAAAUGACAUUUUUGAACUGAAAUACAGUAAUUGAAUGUGACAUUAUUUACCACAACAUAUUGUAAAUUUGUCUCUAAUCAUUGUUAUAUUGUCACUUCUGACAUUUCACAGAAACAAAUUUUAUCAUUUAUGAUGUGUGUGAUUUAAUAAUGGGAGUGGUGAAAAUUAUGACUUGAACUUCUCUUUCUUUCCUUUUUUUUUUUUUAAAUCGUGUUGCACAUAGGCAUAGAAGUCAGCUAUUUACAUUUCCCACCGAUGUGCUUUCUGCAUUACUGUAGGUUUGGGUUGAGAUUCUGGAAGACUUUGAGCUUUGCUGUAUUGUCUCAAAUGAAACUAAGACUGUCAUCUUAUACCAAUUUAUGUGAGAGUGAGACCCGUUAAACCCGGUGGAGCUUGCUUCUGAGUAAACAUGCAUAGGAUCAGGUUGAAAUUUGUAUCUAAAUUAAAUGACACAGAUUUCAGAACUAUUGCUGCAUAAGGUGUUUCAGAGAGCAAAGAACCAUGGGGCAGAGUAUAUAGCACAACUCAGACAUUCUGACCUCCUCUCUCCCACAAUCAUCACUGUGUGAAGGUGAGAUUAGUAGUAAGUAUGUUGGUUGCAUAUUCCACAUGUCCGAUCACUGCUCCUGUGGCCUUUCACCUAUUUGGGGCUGAAUAUGCAGCAGGGAGACUUUUUACUUAAAUAGAUUCUAUGUGUGAUUUAGAAUGUUAGAAGAUCAGGGUUUUAAUCUGCAUUGGAAGCCUUUUCUAGUAAACAUUUCUCCCUGCUGAAUAAAUUGAGCCUACAGCGUGGGGAGCUGCAGAAAUGGCCAUGUAGACAUGCAGGAGGAGGAGCAUUUAGCUUUUCCCCACUCUCCCCAUCAAUUGAUGGUAAUUGUCUAGAGGGGUAGAAUGCUUGAUUAGGGCUUGGCUUUAAAUAAAGCAACAAGUUAAAAAUACGAUGUAGCAUGUGCGCGUUCUGGAUGAAUAAUGAGGAAACAUCAACUUCUACUGAAAGACUGCAGUACUGCCCAUUUAGCCCCUACAUCUCUCCAUCUCUAGUGAGGAUUCAGUGGUCAUGUAUCCAGUGGUAUAACUGAGGAUUGGAGCCUAUCAUUGAACUUCCAAACUUAGUUCAAGUGUUCUUGUAGAUCCUAGCAGUUUCCUGCUUUUCAGUCUGGUUCUGCAAAAUGGUCCAACCUCUCAUUAAAAGUUAGCAUUGAUCAAUGCUUAUCCAGGUAUAGGAUCAUCUAUGUGACUCAACAGUUCCUUGUUUUCUUCUAAGAAAAAUACAGUGUGCUUUUUAAGAUGGCAAAAGCUGACUCUAGAAGUUUUUCUGUUUUUAUUUGAUCAGGUGGAGCAUUUUUUGUGGAUCUUUCUAUCAGAGUACCAUUCCAGUCUCUUAAAUUGCAAUUGUAUGGAAAAUGGUUUUGUAUUGAAAGAUUGAGGGAUUGAGCAGCAUUCAAUAAAGUCUUUAUGUUUGUAA